CACCAGCACGCACGCGCUAUCUUUACAUGUAGUACCGGUGUACUCCAGCGUUAAGUUUUAACACGACAAACUAAUUAUGUAUCACAAUACGAAAUUGACUGUCAUAUUCAUGACAUUGGUCGUAUGCUUGCCUAUUAUUACUGCAUUUAACCAGGAAAAGGAAGCAUUCAUCGCUCUUAUGAAAUUACUCAAGUUGCCACAAAAACCGGAGAGGUAUGUUUCUCCCAUGGACGCAGAGUUGUUUCCUUUUGAGCAACCCAUUGUGACAUCAUUCAGCUGGAAGUCAUGUGGUCCCAAUGACCCAAUCACAGCUGACGUAGUUCUCUCACCAGAUCCUCUUGUUAUCCCGGGUAAUGUCACGGUAGAAGCCAAAGCAACUCUUAAGGUUGAUGUAGUUUCCCCAGUGAAGGUUUCUCUUUCCAUCAAGAAGAAGGUCAUAGUAUGGAUACCCAUCCCUUGCGUUGAUAAUGUUGGUUCCUGUACCUAUGAGGAUAUCUGUGAAAUGUUGAAUACAACUUUCCCACCAAGUCAACCUUGUCCAGAGCCUUUUGCUUCAUCUGGAUUACCAUGUCAUUGUCCUUUCAGUGCUGGGGAUUACAACUUGCCUGCAACUCAAGUUGAAGUAGAUGAUACUGGGAUACCGUCUUGGCUUAGCUCCGGUGAUUAUCAAGUCAAGGCUGUCGCUCAGGAUAGCAGUGGAAAGGAGCUAGCCUGUUUCGCCGCAACUUUGACCCUCAAAUAAAGAGACUUUCUUCCCAAGGAGGAUACUUCUGGAGUAAGGGAUUCAUCUUAUAACCUUAGUAUUAGCGUCAGUAACCAGAUUGAAUAACAAAAAUUACAUUUGAAGAUAUACGUUCAAUGCAAAGUAUGCAUUUACCCCAAAUUUAUUUAAAAUCAGUCGAAAUAUAAUCAUGUAUUGUCUUGAUAAAAAUCUAAGAAAAAAUCUGACUUCAUAUAUUUUGGCACUUCAUACUUUAUUUUUUUACAUAAAGUCAUUAAAGUAAUUCAUGAACAGCUUCAUGAACCAUACCUAGAAUACAUGCAAAGUCUUUGAACAUACAUGUAUCCUUGUCUUGAUAAUUUGUGUCUAUUCUCUUGGCUCAAAACCAUCAUUGAAAUGAAGAAUUUUUGAAAGGGUAGUUCGUUCUAAAAGGAAAUUAAGAGUUGAAUUGUAAAGUUGAAAUUUUUAAAUGAAAGUUUCAAAUUUGAGUAGAGAAGGAAGCAGGAUCACAUUGACCGGAUCAGAGUUUGGAGAGUGUUAAUUAACACCUUAACUCAGAAAUAACACUGACUUUUGAGAGUUUGGUCAAUCGAACAAAAUUGAAUUUGUAAUAAUUUGAUGUUUAUCAUUCAUGCAAGAUUGUCUUCCAAAUUCCCUGCUCUUGAAGCUUGGUAAUGAUGAUAUCAAUUUGUUCAACUUCACUACAGUGGGAAUAUGGAGUGCCAAAAUGUUAAGUUCUGUUUUAAAUUUUGAAUCCUUAGAAACUGUUACUGGCAAGUAACUUUGCAGUAAAAUUGUGUUUUAAUUGUAUAUUUUUGUACGCUUUGAAAUAAAUUUUUUUUAAAUGACAAAUCACUUUGGCUUCACAUAUUUUAGUUCCAUUUUUAUUUUUACUUUACAUUUAUGAACCCAUUCUCAGAUCAUUUUAAUUAUUCUUACCAUUCUACAUUCCUUCUUCAAAAUAUGUACAUGUAUGUAUCUCAUAACAGCAGUGAAGAGAAUUUUUUUUAAUGAAAUCAUAGUAUUUUGUAGUACAUAUAUUUGUAUAUUUUAGAAAAUGUUUCACAAUUAAGAUGACCUUUACAUGUGGAAUGCUAUAUGCAUAUACAUGUAGACUAUUGUUUGACUUGAUGAUGAUGAUUUUAUUUCAAGGGUAACUUUUUCAUGAGAGGGAGUUGAAGAAUUUAAUAAGCUUUUUUUUUUCAACUGAGCAAUACUAUUUUUCGAGUCGAGUUUGGGAACCAACAUAUAUUUAUUUACAUGGUGUAUCGUGAAACCCACGACCCUUUUCUUUGCCGCCACGGAGACCUUCAGAAAAUACGGUACAUCAAAACUUAAAGUCAUAAACUCUGAUGUACUUUCAGCAGACAUUCAUUAAUGUUUUUUUCAAUUUUAUCAAAACCAUACUGGCAUAAGCCCAUUUAUAACAGUUAAAAGCUACUGAAAUUCUCCAAUUUGAUUGGCUGGAUUUCCAAAAAAAAUCUGAACUUAUCAUUCUCAUUAAUAUGUGACACUGACGUAGCUUUGCAGUAAAAUUGUGUGUUAAUUGCAUAUACAUGUAUUUUGUACUGUACACCUUGAAAUAUUUUUUUGAAUGACAAAUCAAUUUGGCUUCACAUAUUCCAGUUCCAUUUUUAUUUUUACUUUACAUUUAUGACCAUUUUUUAUGAACU